UUGCCCCCCAGCAGAAACCAGAAACAACAGCCUCGCUCUGGCACGAGAAGGAACCGCUUCAGUGCCGCGAGUGACUUCACUUCCCAAUUUAGAGAGCAGAGCGAGGGAGAGAGAAAAAAAAAAAAAAAAACGCUGCCAUCCGGUUAGGGUCUGAUUGUAACUGCAAUGGUUUGCGCCAUAGAGUAAAUGCACCCUUGCAUGAUUUGAUGCGAUUAGCGUGAAGUUGAAAGGCUCGAUCCGGCUGAGCAACUGUUUCCCCAAAAACGACUAAAUGACAAAGACUGAGGGGCUGCUGCAAUGGACUGUACGAUAAAGGAAGCGCUGUCUGUGGUGAGCGAGGACCACUCCGUAUUUGAGCCACCCUAUCCCGCCACCGCCUCCGUCAUGCAUGUGAAGGCUGACAUGACGUCACCUGGUGGGUUCAGCCAGGCCUCCAAGCCGAGUCCAGAGCCCACUGAGCCCGACUGGGUGGGACCUGGGGCACAGACGGCUGGGAAGCGAGGCGAGCACAUUAAUGGAACCAGCCGUGAGUCACCUGUGGACUGCACUGUGACCAAACGUUCCCGGCACAUGAGCAACGACGGCUCCCAGAUGGCCUACCAGACCUCGUACCCGGAGCCGCGUGCCAGUCCGCAGACCAUCACCCCACCCAACAGUGUCACUGAGGAGAAGAGGGUCAUUGUGCCCGCAGACCCGGAGGUGUGGACCCAAGACCACGUGCGGCAAUGGUUGGACUGGGCCAUUAAGGAGUAUGUACUGGAGGAGGUGGACGCAGUGCACUUCCACGCAUUGGACGGGAAGGCUCUGUGCAAGAUGACCAAGGAGGACAUGAUGCGUCUCACGUCUGCCUACAAUGCUGACAUCCUGCUCUCGCACCUCAAUUACCUCCGUCAGAGUAGCCCUACAUUCUCUUACCCCACAGCCACCAACACACCACAGCAACCCAGACUUCAGGUCAAAGCAGAAAACAACUUUGAUGAAAUCAGCCGUAGGAACAGCUGGCAAGCAAACACCAUGACAGCAGUACCAAAAGGUUCUUCCAUGGAGCAUCAACACAGCACCCGCGUCUCGGAGCCGGCUCCUAGAAUUGUACAAGAUCCAUACCAGACAUUAGCACCCAUUAGCAGUCGACUCGCCAACCCAGAAGGCCAAGCCCUCAGCUCCUCCAAGAACCCAGCAGGCAAACAAAGUUCAUACAGGCUCUCUGACCCCAGCGCUCACAGGCCUGUGGGUUCAGGGCAGAUCCAGCUGUGGCAGUUCCUCCUGGAGCUUUUGUCCGACAGCACCAACGCCACUAUCAUCACCUGGGAGGGCACCAAUGGUGAGUUUAAGAUGACCGACCCGGACGAGGUGGCCAAGCGCUGGGGUGAGCGCAAGAGCAAGCCCAACAUGAACUACGACAAGCUGAGCCGCGCCCUGCGCUACUACUAUGACAAGAACAUCAUGACCAAGGUGCACGGCAAGCGCUACGCCUACAAGUUUGAUUUCCAGGGCAUCUCGCAGGCACACCAGAACCAUGCAGCGGAUGGUGGGAUUGUUAAGUAUCAGACUGAAAUGCCAUACGUCCCGCCCUACCACAGCCACCAGCCCAAAAUGAACUUCAUGGGCGCCCCCCCAGCGCCCAUGCCCAUGUCCCCUGGAAACUUUUUUGCCCCCCCAGCGUCAUACUGGAGUUCAACCAGCAAUUCCAUCUACCCCGGGUCCGCCAUGCCCCGGCACCCUACGACCCACUCCCACCUCAGCUCGUAUUACUGAGGGCGGGGCACCUUGCACCACAAUGGGUCGAGUUGGAGUCAAAUGUGCAAAGCAUGCUUUAAGACUCGUUCACUGCCUACCAAGGAUGCAUCUGAUCCAAGUUCUCCCUGCAACGAUCUUCCAUAAAAUCUGGAUUGAUAACAUAGUGAUAGAACAUCCACUAAGGUUGAAGUCAAAAGAAGUUCCUCGGCAACCAUAAUUGCAUGCCUUAAAAGUUUAUUGCGUCUGGGGAUUCUAGUGGCUUGUCAUUAUGACUAGAUUUGCAGCAUACUGUACACACUUAAGAAAAAUGCAGUUGGGCGUAUGGGUAGUGUAGCGGUCUAUUCCGUUGCCUACCAAGACAGGGAUCGCCUAUUCGAAUCCCUGUGUUACCUCCGGCUUGGUCGGGCGUCCCUACGGACACAAUUGGCCGUGUCUGCGAGUGGGAAGUCGGAUGUGGGUGUGUGUCCUGGUCACCGCACUAGCACCUCCUCUGGUCAGUCGGGGCGCCUGUUCAGGGGGGGAAGGGGGAACUGGGGGGAAUAGCGUGAUCCUCCCAUACGCUACGUCCCCCUGGUGAAACUCCUCACUGUCGGGUGAAAAGAAGUGGCUGCUGACUCCACAUGUAUGGGAGGAGGCAUGUGGUAGUCUGCAGCCCUCCCCGGAUCAGCAGAGGGGGUGGAGCAGCGACCGGGACGGCUCAAAAAAUAGGGUAAUUGGCCAAGUACAAUUGGGGAGAAAAAGGGGUAAAAUCACCCCCCCUCCCCAAAAAAAGACGCACAAAUAAUAGCAGCAUUGGAAGAAACAACAAGUCAUCAUGUUUAUGGUUGAAAUGUUAUUUUUUAACAUUUAUAUUGCAGCGAACUCGGGGGCAGUCGAGAACCGCCACAGCUGGGACGCGACCCGUGUCUCCCACACCACAGGCGACAACGUUAACCAGUUGACUAAAGGGUCCGGCCCGUUAGCCAAGGGCUACCGAGCCUAUUCAUCCGUGAUCGUUACAUUGCCCCCUUCCUUCAGGAUUCACCACAGCCAGGACGCGAACCUGGGGCUCCCGCACCGCAAGCGACAACGUUAACCGGUCGACUAAAGGGGUCAGACCAUUUAGUCGACUGGUUAACGGAGUCACCCAUGGUGCGGGAGACCCAGGUUCGCGUCCCGACUGUGGCGGUUCCUGGCUGCCCCCCCCCCCCGAAUUUGCUACAAUGUAACAGUGGUUUUCUGCAUGUUUUGAGACCUAAUGGUAUUAACGGCACGUAUGUUAAGCCCAUUCAUAAUCCUAACGCACAACAGACAGUGUCAUGGGUGGCACAAGCGCUUCCCUAGCGCGAGACAAGGUGCUGGUCAUGUCCGUCAACUACUGCAACACCGACGUAGGGAAUGCCAAGCUUGAGUUGCGGUGGCCUCCAAGACUUUACUUAAUCAUCAAUCCAGACUUUAUUGUAGAUCAGUGAGGUGGCUCGACACUGUUGUUUUGUAUAAAAUGGCGGUUUAAAAUAUUGUGGCUUUCUACAAACCAACAAAAGGAAGGUGAGGGCAUUCCAGGAAUGGAAAACGGUUGUACUUUUUUACUUUUCUACUCUUCCUAAAUGUAUCGUCGGUUGUGGAUAUGCUGAUAAUAUGAUAGUAAUAUUCUGAAUUUAAAACGGUUAUUCAUUUGUUAGGAAACCGAGCUUGUGUCUUUUCCAUUUGUAAGUACUCUGUUUGGUGGCGGCCGUAAAGAUUCCUUGUAAACGAGCCGUCGUGGGUUUUGUUUGGCUAGGUCAGAUUUUCAGUUAUGUGCCCUGACACUGUAAAAGUUGAAUUGUACAGAAUGUUUCAUACCAUGUAGCAAUAAAACAUUUACCCAAGAAGUAAUGAAUAUGGC